AGGGGCAGGACUUCUCUCCCUUCUGUGUAGUAUUUAAAGCGAGGAGGGCUGACUACCAAGCACAGUUGGCCUGGCCUUCCCUCUGGGAACACGCCCUCGGUCAACAGGGAAAAUCCGGCAAGGCGCUCCCGCCUCACUGAUCCAGGCCUUCCUAAAGGACGAAAGGUGACACCAGAGUCCCUGCCUCUCGCCAUACACUUGCAAAGAUGCCUCCUCAGCUGCAUAACGGUCUGGACUUCUCUGCCAAGGUCAUCCAGGGUAGCCUCGACAGCCUGCCCCAGGCAGUGAGGGAGUUCGUAGAACACAAUGCCCAGCUGUGCCAGCCGGAGCAUAUCCACAUCUGCAACGGCUCUGAGGAGGAGUACAGGCAGUUGCUGGCCCACAUGCAGGAGGAGGGUGUCAUCCGAAAGCUAAAGAAAUACGACAACUGCUGGCUGGCUCUCACUGACCCCAGGGAUGUGGCCAGAAUUGAAAGCAAGACAGUCAUCAUCACCCAAGAGCAGAGAGACACAGUGCCCAUCCCCAAAACUGGCCUCAGCCAGCUGGGCCGCUGGAUGUCUGAAGAGGACUUUGAGAAAGCGUUCAACGCCAGGUUCCCAGGAUGCAUGAAAGGUCGCACUAUGUAUGUCAUCCCCUUCAGCAUGGGGCCACUGGGCUCACCUCUGGCCAAGAUCGGCAUUGAGUUGACGGACUCGCCCUAUGUGGUGGCCAGCAUGCGGAUCAUGACACGGAUGGGGAUGUCUGUGCUGGAGGCCCUGGGCAGCGGGGAGUUUAUCAAGUGCCUCCACUCCGUGGGGUGCCCUCUUCCUUUAAAAAAGCCCUUGGUCAACAACUGGGCCUGCAACCCGGAGCUGACACUGAUCGCCCACCUCCCGGACCGCAGAGAGAUCAUCUCCUUUGGAAGCGGAUACGGAGGGAACUCACUGCUUGGGAAGAAAUGCUUUGCGCUGAGGAUUGCCAGCCGGCUGGCUAAGGAGGAAGGGUGGCUGGCGGAGCACAUGCUGAUCCUGGGCAUAACCAACCCUGAAGGCAAGAAGAAGUACCUGGCAGCUGCCUUUCCCAGCGCCUGUGGGAAGACCAACUUGGCCAUGAUGAACCCCACUCUCCCUGGGUGGAAGGUUGAGUGUGUGGGCGAUGACAUCGCCUGGAUGAAGUUUGAUGCUCAAGGCAACUUAAGGGCUAUUAACCCAGAAAAUGGAUUCUUUGGAGUUGCCCCUGGCACCUCCGUGAAGACAAAUCCAAAUGCUAUUAAGACCAUCCAGAAAAACACCAUCUUCACCAACGUGGCCGAGACUAGUGACGGGGGUGUUUACUGGGAAGGCAUCGAUGAGCCGCUGGCCUCGGGUGUCACCAUCACCUCCUGGAAGAACAAGGAAUGGAAACCACAGGAUGGGGAACCAUGUGCCCAUCCCAACUCCAGAUUCUGCACCCCUGCCAGCCAGUGCCCCAUCAUCGACCCUGACUGGGAGUCCCCAGAAGGUGUGCCCAUUGAAGGCAUAAUUUUUGGUGGCCGUAGGCCUGCAGGUGUCCCCCUUGUGUAUGAAGCUCUCAACUGGCAACAUGGGGUGUUUGUAGGAGCAGCCAUGAGAUCAGAGGCCACAGCGGCUGCGGAGCACAAGGGCAAGGUCAUCAUGCACGACCCCUUUGCUAUGCGGCCCUUCUUUGGCUACAACUUCGGCAAAUACCUGGCCCACUGGCUGAGCAUGGCCCACCGUCCGGCAGCCAAGCUGCCCAAGAUCUUCCACGUCAACUGGUUCCGAAAGGACAAAGACGGCAAGUUCCUCUGGCCGGGCUUCGGCGAGAACUCCCGGGUGCUGGAGUGGAUGUUCAGGAGGACUGAAGGGGAAGACGUGGCCAAGCUCACACCCAUCGGCUACAUCCCCAAGGAGGACGCCCUGAACCUGAAAGGCCUGAAAGACGUCAACAUGGAGGAGCUGUUUGGAAUCUCCAAGGAGUUCUGGGAGAAUGAGGUGGAGGAGAUAAACCAGUAUCUGAAAGAGCAAGUCAAUGCCGACCUCCCCUAUGAAAUUGAGAGGGAACUCCAAGCCCUGAAACAAAGAAUCAGCCAGAUGUAAUCCUGAUUGGGGGGGG